CAACGCCUUACGCUUUUCCACAUAUACACAAAAAUGACAGACUUGUCAAACGAAAUUAACUUGAUAACUUCUCGUCUCACCACCAAAUUACAGACAUUAGAAGCAGACUGUCAACGUUGGACUGAUUACAAAACAGACUAUGACGCUUUAGAAACACAGUUGAAAACUUUACCCGAUACCACCUCUCGUAGCGCCAUGAUUCCUUUAGGAAAAUUGGCGUUUAUGCCCGGUAAAUUAAUACACACCAACGAAAUACUUGUCUUGUUGGGCGACCAGUAUUAUGCCGAACGCUCUGCAAAGCAAGCCAUUGACAUUCUUGGACGUCGUAGAGAAGUUGUACACGAAAACCUUCGACUUGCUGAAGCACAAUUAAACAGUUUCAAGCAAAAGACGGGUCCAAUUAUUGACGCGGGUGUACUUCCUGCCACUUCUGACCCACAAUUGAACGAAGAAGGUUUACCCAUCAUGGAUAUUCGUGAAGAGUUACCUUCCGAUUACGACGAAAAGGAGAAAGAAAAGAAGCGAUUACAAGCAAAAGCCAAGAAGACACCUUCCACUCCCACGAAUCAACUUCCUGAAUCUGUGCUUCGUGCUAGACAAUUAAUGAAGGAAGCCGAUGAAAAGAUCAAGCAACAAAAAAAGGAAAAGGAAGAUGAAGAAGAUAAAGCUCUCUUUGAGUUGCUGCGCGAUUUGGAAGAGGAAGAGGAAGAAGAAGGUGCAGAGGUGCCUAUUGUCACUCCCAGUCAAAAGUCGAUUGCACAACAAAGUUUAGAGGAAGAAGAAGACGAUAGUUCACUCUCUGAUGAAGAAGAUGAUAGAUAUGAUACCGAAAUCGCAGAGAACAUGUUUGAUCGCUUUGCUGAUGAUGAGGAAUAUCCGUUGGAUGGUGUCGUAGAUCAAGAAGAUUUCUCUUGUUACGAUGAACCAGAACUUCCUCCUCAAAUACCAGCUGCUACUAUCGAGGAAAUUACAGAGGAAGAUGAAAUUAAUGAGAGAAGCACACCCAAAUUAAUUACCAAACGUAAAACAAAGCCUGUCGAGCAACAACAGGAAUCUGUUAAGGAAGAGACACCUGUCAAAGAUGAAGCACCCAAGAAAAUGUCUAAAUUUAAACUUGCUCAAUUAGAAAAGAAGAACAGUGUAGAAUCUGUUGUAAAGGAGAAUGUCACUGUCGAAAGUAGUAAGCAGGCUGUAGAAAAACCAAAGAAAUUUUCGAAAUUCAAGCUUUUACGUCAACAACAACAAGAACAACCUAGACCUCAAAAGAUUGAAUCUCCUGUCGAGACCAAAGUAAAAGAAGUGGUGGUCGAUACACCUAUUGAAAUACCACAAGUAGAAGAAGAAUAUCAUCCCGAAGAAUCCAUAGAGACGAUGAUGGUCGAACCCAAAAAACCACAGCAUUUACCCGUUGAAAACAAUGGUAUUCCCAAAGUCAUUGCCAAACCCAAAAAAAUGUCACGAUUUAAACUUGCACGACAAAAGAAAGUAGAGCCAGAAAAAGAAGAAGUAAUCACACCUGUCAAAGUGGAACGUGUCAAACCAAAGCGAACUGUAACUUGGGAUUCCAAUACAUCUGUGCGUGAUCAUGAUAAUACAUUGGCUCCCUCAGUCGUCUCUGAAACGGCGAGUUAUUCACAACCCAUGAAGAGCGAUCAAAAGCGACCUCAACAAAAAGUAAGAUCUGCCUCAGAUAUCUUUCGUGUAGUUCAACGUACACAGGAUGAAGCUGUGGAUGACUAUCCUUCGUUGGAUGACGACAGUGAGACCAAAGUGGAUUUAAAUGAAUUAAUCAAGGUGGCUCGUGAAUCUUCAGAAGCCUUCUGGAGACCCAAUGAUGGUACAGAGGCCCUUAUACCUAUGGUCAAUGGAGAAGAGGAUACUGAGGAAGAGGAAGAAGAAGAACCAGAGGGUAUCAUUGUCGCUAAAAAGAACAAGUUGGAUAAUAAGAUUAUGAAGGGUGCUGUCAUGGAAAGAGAUAUGGUGCCUGUGGAUUUCGAAGCUGUAGAAGAAGAUAUGGACAUUCGCGAGAUCACAUCGAGCUAUCAACAAAUGAGACAAAAUAUGUUGGCUACAACGGGUGGACUUUCCUUUGCUACAAAGCCUGAAUUUGAAGUCUUUGAUGAAGAAUUACCAUUGCCAAAGCAAAAGGGUCAAGAGGAAGAAGAGGAAGUGCAACCAGCUCCUAGAAAAAUGUCUAGAUUUAAAGCUGCUAGAUUAGGCAUGCAAUUAAAUGAGGAAGGCGAGUACGAGUAACUCUUGUAUUGUCAAUAAAGAAUAGCAUAUAUUGUUUACAAAAAAGUCC